ACGCAGAGGCCACGGUCUUUCUUCCUCCACACCCACGCAACUAUUUAACAGACAGAGAAGACAUAAGGAAGGACUAUCUAACAAUUUUUAGCCAACCAUGAUGGGCUUAAGGAGUUUGGGACCUAUUGUGCUCCUCUUUACGUUCGCUUUGGGGACAAUUUUAGCACAAACUUCCGCACCUGGACAAGCUUGCGAGUCCAAGAAUGGCACCAGCUGCGAGGAAUGUUUGCAGAACGUGACAUGCUUGUGGUGCAUCAAAACCCGAACAUGUGUGACGUAUCCUGUGAGGAGCAUCCUGCCACCACAUGCUCUCUGUCCGCUCAAUGAUGCACGCUGGGGACUUUGUUGGAUGAACUUCCAGCAUUUAAUCAUCACCCUGGCGGUGCUGGGCGGUGUUCUCAUCAUCGUCCUCCUGAUCUGUCUGUUCUGCUGCUGCAAGUGUGAAAACAUUGGAUCUUCGAGAUUCGCAGCCAAGAUGGAGAGGCAGAUGAACAGAUCAAAAUCCAAACAGGAGGAGAGGCGGGCCGAGAUGAAACAGAGACACGAGGAAAUCAGGAAGAAAUAUGGCUUAAGUGGACCAAAUCCUUAUUCCAGAUUUGCAUGAGAGGAUUCCUGAACCGGGACUUUAAUUUAACAAUGUUUUAUUCAUGACUUUUGUAUUGUGUUCUAUACAGUGUAUGUAACAAGCCAAAAGGCUCUAAGCAAUCACUACUAUUGCCCACUUUUCCACUGCACGGUACCUACUCUGCUCUGUACAGCUCUAAUUGCUCUCAGGUACUAGGAGGUACCAGCCGGGGGUUCUAAGAAUGUCGAGUCAAUACCAUGAAUGACUUAAUGCCCAACUUGGAGGCUUGAUAAACAAAACAUCCAAACAUGUCUAAACUAAGGCCGGUGCUGUAUUAUACUCCACAGUCUCCACUUGGCUGCAGCGCUCCGUUGUCUUGCCGUCUUCAAUAUAAAUAAUAAAAUAAGUCUUCUUAAUCCCUUAAUGAAGUAAAUAAUGUUUGCAAAGCACAUCUUGUUCUGAAUGAUGCCUACAAUGUGGUGUGUGUUUCCCAAUUUUGUGCUGCACUCAUGAAAAUGUGUAGAGCCACACCAAGAUGGUACCGUGCAGUUCAGUAAGUGGCAGUGAUCUCCUCAAAAAUCUGUUUGUUUUGUUACAAAAAGGCAAGCUGACAUUUUUCUUUCACCUAACUUGUCCAUCUUGACAGUGCUCUGAGAUGAUUUCAUCUUUUUGUCCUCAUUUGCUCAUGAAAAUCUGUUACAUCUGCAUGUUGUUGAAUGUAUUUGAGACAACUGAAUGUAGAAUUCGCAGGCUCUUUUUGCACUUUGUGAGGUUUUACAUUUUGCUCAUCCUAUUAGUUGGAUUGACAUGUAGUUCUGACCAUUCGACGUCUCAGAAAGGGGAAGCAGUUCCCGGUCCACACUGUUUACGGCGGGGACGAAGGCCUGCUGACCUCGACUGAGGAUAUAGUCGGGGUGGAACGAGUACUUUGAAGCCCCUUUUAAUCCCACUGACAUAAUUUUCAUUGAGGAAGCAGAGUCUGAGGACAUGAACAUGUUGAACAGGCGUUGAGGGGGUCCUUUUUGAGGGGUCUUAGGACUGCGUCUCUGCUAUUAGCAGACAAUGUGGUCCUGCUGGCCUCAUCAUGCUGUGACUUUCAUUGUUUGCUGGGGCGGUUUGCAGCUGAGUAUGAAGAUUCUGGGAUCAGACUCAGCACCUCCAAAUCUGAGGCCAUGGUUCUCAGUCGGAAAAGGGUGGAUUGCACCCUCCUGGUUGGGAAUGAGGUCUCAAGUAUCUUGGGGUCUUCUUCAUGAGUGAGGGAUGAUUGGAGCGUGAGGUCGACAGGCGGGUCCGAAUGCCUACUGGACGCCUCCCUGGUGAGGUGUUCCGGGCAUGCCCAGCCGGGAAUAGGACCCAGGGCAGACACGCUGAAGGGAUUAUGUCUCACAGCUGGCCUGAGAACGCCUUGGUGUCCCCCCGUGGAACUGGAGGAGGUGGCUGGGGACCAGGAAAUCUGGGCUUCCCUACUGAGACUGCUGCCCCCGUGACCUGGAUAAACAAAAGAAAAUGGAAUGGAGUGGACAUGUAGUUCUGUUACUGCCUUAUGUAGGCCUAAUAAAAAAAAUGUU